AUGCCGGAUUCAGUGGCCUGGACCAUCCAUGGCUACGACCAUGAUAACUUACUCCAUGUGGUUAUCACUUCGACUUGCUUUGCUUUCAUAUUGUCUACUACUGCAGUCGGAUUCCGGAUCAUCUCUCGAGCGAUUAACAGAAGCGGUCAUUUUCUGGAUGACUGGCUCAUUAUCCUUGCGUUGAUCCUCGAAUACGGCAUAUCGAUCGCAGGAGUUGUGCUACUCUACAAUGGACUAGGAACCCAUAUCUUCGAGCUCUCCCCCGAACAGAUAGUUGCCUAUCUAAAGACCAUGAAAUACGCCGUCAAUAUUGUAUCUCUGAGUGUGAUCCUGUGGACUGCCUGCGGUGUUCUCGCAGGCUGCUUCGCUUGCAUCCCAACCGAGAAGCUGUGGCACCCCAUGGUAGAAGGUGGUUGCAUGAAUCUGUCAAAAUUUAACUACGGUAUUCAGAUUCCCAAUAUCGCCACAGACGCAAUUAUCCUCCUGAUGCCGAUGCACAUCGUGUGGAACCUUCCCAUCUCCAAGGCCAAGAAGUCGGGUCUUUCUGAGGUUUUUGUUCUAGGAUUCUUGACUCUAAUCUUCGAUAUCAUUCGUCUGGUCGUCCUGAUCCAGCUCUCCACACAGGGGGAUGAAAUUACCUAUAACCAAGUCCCAGCAAGUGUGUGGAGAUGCAUUGAUCCCGCUGUCGGGAUAGUUGCAGCCUGUUUGACAAAUAUGCGGCAUUUGUUCAAGGCCACUAACACCAAGGUCUGGUCCAGGCUAUUCGGCCGAUAUAUCACCAGCACGAGUGGUACCAGCGAUUCACAGAUUAAUGAGAAGGGUAGCUGGCCGCGACAGACCCCUAGUUCCACUGGUGAAGGGAGUUCUCCCAGCCUUAGUGGUGAUUUGAACCAGUCGCCAACUCAUAACAAGUCUACUGUGUAA